CAUAUAAGUGUAUGUAUUGUGUGUGUGCGGUACGGGUGUGGCGUUUCUUUUUGGGUCUCGCACUACAUCCUGUUCUUUACUUGGUGGCAACAGAAAAAUUCACCAAGCUCUUGAUUAAACAUUGGUUAUUGGAAGUAGAAUUAAUUGAUUGAAGAGCUAAUUAGCAAGAAUGACCGAUUCCAAAAACGAUAUUGAAAUGAAGGAUGCAGUAGCCACUCCAAACGAAUCCGAUUCAGAAAGUUUAAUUAAAGAAAUUGAGCAAUCAUUCACUUUAUUACAUAAAGCUGCUGCUAAUUUUGAUAAUCGUUAUAUUACCAAAAUUUUUAGAGAUUUAGGUCCAUUAAGACGUAAAUUGAUUCAAUAUAAAGAGGUAUUACCGGCAAUUGUUGAAAUAAGUUACCCAAAUGAUCAUCCAAGUAAAUCUUAUUUAGUUAAUUACGUGGGGAAAUCAGAUUAUGUUUCUUCAACUACUAACGAAAUGGAAAUUGAUGAUACCAAUAAAUCUAAUAGCAUAAAAGUCUUACCAGAAAUUGAUGUUUAUAUCCAUUUACUUGUUCAAGUUAAUCUUUUAGAUCAACAUGAAUUGAAAUCUUUGGAUUCUUUUAAUGAUGAAGUUAUUAACCUUUUAUCAAGUUAUAAUCGUAGAUCAUUAGAUUUUAUUCAAGCUAAAAUAUGGUUUUAUAUUAGUAGAACCAAAGAAUUAAUUAAUGAUUUAUACUCAAUACGUCCAGCUUUAUUAUCAGGUUUAAGGACAGCAACUUUGAGACAUGAUAAUGAAACAACUGCAUCAAUUAUUACUGUUUUAUUAAGAAACUAUUUGUUAUCUCAUGAUGUUAGUCAAGCAUCCAAUUUAGUUGAAAAAACUGAAUUUCCAGAAAAUGCCGGUAAUGCAUUGGUUGCUAGAUAUUACUAUUAUUUGGCUAAAAUGAAUGCUAUCCAAUUAGAUUAUUCUUCCGCUCACGAAUAUGUGAUUGCUGCCAUUCGUAAAGCUCCUCAAACUCAUUUAGCUAACGGUUUCAUUCAAGCGGCUACAAAAUUAAGUAUUGUUAUUGAAUUAUUAAUGGGAGAUAUCCCAGAAUUAAAAGUUUUCAAGAAAAAUGAAAAUGGUGGUAAUUAUGAACCUUAUUAUUAUGUUACUAAAGCAGUCAAAUUAGGUGAUUUAAAAUUAUUCGGAGAAGUUUUAAAUAAAUAUGAAUCGGUCUUUGUUAAAGAUGAUUUAUUCACUUUAGUUUCAAGAUUACGUCAAAAUGUUAUCAAAACCGGUAUUAGAAUCAUUUCCUUAUCCUACUCUAAAAUUGCUUUAAAAGAUAUUUGUAUUAAAUUACAUUUGGACUCUGAAGAAAGUACUGAAUACAUUGUUGCAAAAGCAAUCAGAGAUGGUGUAAUAGAAGCUACUAUAAAUCAUGAAUUGGGUUAUAUGAAAUCAAAAGAAUUAUUAGACGUUUAUUCAACUAAAUUACCCCAAGAUGAAUUCGAUCAAAGAAUUAAAUUCUGUUUAUCCUUACAUAAUGAUUCGGUCAAAUCAAUGAGAUAUCCUUCUGAUAAUGACAAAUCUGAUCCUAAUAAGAAUAACUUAGAAGCCAAGGAAGAAGAAAUCGAUUUAUUGAAAGCCAUAGAAGAAGGUGAUUUAGAUGAUUUCAUGGAUUAAAUCUUCCACCAUUGUAUAUUUCAUAAUAAAAGUCAAUCAAGUUG